AUUAAUUAUAGUAAUGAAUUAGUUACUACAAUUAUAAUAUAUUUCUUUAUGUUCAAGAGUGUUGUAAGAAUUGGAGAAUCAUACAGGAAUAAAGGAUAAGGUGUUAGCAGAAUAUAUUAUUGAUUUAGGUAGAUAGAGUAAGGAUGAGAAGGAAUUUAAAUAAAAAUUGGAUGCAGCAAAAGCUGAUUUUACAGAUCAAUUUACAAAUUCCUUAUUUAAUAUAAUAAAGAAAAUGUCUCCUUAAGAAAAGAAGUAAGUAGAACAGCAACCAUAAAUAGAGUAGGUAGUAAAAGAAUAAAAAUUUCCGGGAUUAGCAUUGCCAAAUCGUGAAGCUGUGUAAUUAGAGGAUAUCGAAGAGUAAUCAAGAUCAAGAUCACAAUCAUAAACUAAGAAGAAGAAGAAGGAUAAGAAAAAAAAGAAGGAUAAAAAUAAGGAGAAAGACAAAGAAAAAGAUAAAGAAAAAGAGAAAGAAAAAGAGAAAGAGAAGAAAGAUAAAAAAGAAUCAUCUGCAUCUCCUUAGAAGACUCAUAGAGAUAUAGAUAAAGGACAUAUAUAUGAAGGUGUAGUAACAAAAGUUUAGGAUUUUGGAGUGUUUGUAUAGAUAGCAGGUUUUAAAGGUAGAAAGGAAGGUUUAGUACAUAUAUCAAAUAUAAGAGAGAAAAGAGUGACAAAUCCUUUUGAUAUAUUGAAAAGGAAUUAGAAAGUGUUUGUAAAGGUGAUAAGUAUAGUGAAUGAAAAGAUAGCAUUAUCAAUGAGAGAUGUAGAUUAGAAUACAGGAUAGGAGAUAGAAAAGAAAGCAAAGGCAAUGAAUGAAUAUGAUUAAGUGAUAAAAUAAUAAGAAUAGAAUAAGGAUAAUAAUAAAUAUGGGGCAAUAACAGGAGUGAAAUUAGAUUUACCAUAAGAUGCUUGUAAAAAGAAAGCAAAGAGAAUAGCAUCACCAGAUUUAUGGGAAAAGACAAGAUUGGAAUAUAAUUCAAAAUUAGUUCGUUAAAUAGAUAAUAAAGCAAUAGUAGAGGAUUCAGAAUCAGAAGGUUUUGUUUCAGAUUCAGAAGAUUUAGAGAUAGAUAUGAAUGAUUAUGAACCUCCAUUUUUAAAAGGAUAAACAACAAAAGCAGGAAUAAAUUUAUCACCAAUAAGAGUUGUUAAGAAUCCAGAAGGUACAUUAUAGAGAGAAGCUUUACAUGCAUAAUAAUUAGCAAGAGAGAGAAGAGAAAUGAGAGAACAAUAAUAGAGAGCAAUAAAUGAAUAGAAUAGAGAUAAAUAUAGAGAGGAUCCUUUAGCAUAGAUAAGUGGAAAUAUGAAUUAAAUGUAAGUAGAAAUACCAGAAUGGAAAAAAGAAGCAAUGUUUAAAUCUAGUGUAAGAAAUAGAACACAUAUGAGUAUUAAAGAAUGGAGAGAAUCAUUACCAAUAUAUAAUUUUAAAAAUGAAUUAUUAGCUGCAAUAAAAGAAAAUAGAAUUCUUAUAGUAAUAGGAGAGACAGGUAGUGGGAAAACAACUUAGAUUACAUAAUAUUUGAUGGAAGCAGGAUAUGGUAGAAAUGGAAUGAAGAUUGGAUGUACUUAACCUAGAAGAGUUGCAGCUAUGUCUGUAGCAAAAAGAGUAGCUGAAGAAAUGGGAGUAUAACUUGGAGAUGAAGUUGGAUAUGCUAUUAGAUUUGAAGAUUGUACAGGUCCUAAUACUAUUAUUAAAUAUAUGACAGAUGGAAUGUUAUUAAGAGAAGCUUUAAUAGAUAAAGAUAUGAGUUAAUAUAGUGUUAUAAUGUUGGAUGAAGCUCAUGAAAGAACUAUUAAUACUGAUGUUUUAUUUGGAUUAUUAAAAUAAGUUGUUGCUAAAAGAAAUGAUUUCACUUUAAUUGUAACAUCAGCUACUUUAGAUGCUGAAAAAUUCUCUUCUUAUUUUUUUAAUUGCAAGAUAUUUAGAAUUCCUGGACGUAAUUUUCCUGUUGAAGUAUUCUUUACAAAUGAACCUGAAGAAGAUUAUUUAGAAGCUGCA